AUUGUAUAAUUGGAAACCAUGUGGUUAUCAUUUCCGCUGUAGUUCUUUUGCAAUCAUAAGAAAUAGUUGGUAAAGAUAAUUGUGUUUUUUUCAUGUAAAAAUAUAUUAUACAAAGUAAUAUUUAUUUAUUCACUGAAUCAUGGCAGUUAGUAUAAGAGGACUUUUUAAAUUAAAUAUUUUGCAAACAAAAAAUAUUUUUUUCAAAUCUAAUUUUUUAAAUGUUGGGAUUCGAUGUAUAUACACAGAUCAAGAUUUGGGUGUAACAUUGUAUGAAAAUUCGAGAUUUAUAUUUCGUAAUCAAUUUAUGUCAAUAGAAGAUACUUUUCGUGAGAAAAUGAAAGAAAUUUGUCAAAAAGAUGAUGGAAUAGUAUUUACAGAAGAUUUAAAAGCAAUGAUUCAUUUAGCACGACCUAACGAGCAAGAUAUGUCUUUAUUAAAUGACAUGUUAAAAAAAUAUGUUCAGAAACAUGAAGAAAGUAAGAUUGGUUCAUAUGUGUUUGGACCAGUAGUAAUGAGAAUGUAUUAUCAUUUGAAUCAACCACAAUAUGCUUUACAAGCAUUUGAGAAUGAAGUUUUAAGGAAUAGUUUUAAUUAUCGCUCAUCUUUUCGUACCUUAAUGUGUUUAUUAUUUAAAAAUAAUAUGUUCAAAGAUAUGAAAGAGGUAUAUGACAAAGUAUUAAGUACUAAUGGUAUGGAUUUCAUUGGCACUAAUAAUAUUUUAAUAUAUGCUGCAUGUCUAAAGGAGAAUACUCCAGAUGCAUUGGAAUAUGCUUUAGAUCAUUGGAAGAAACAAUUUGAAAUACUAAAACCUUCAGCGAGAAGUUAUGCAUUAAUAUCAUAUUUAGCAAUAAAAAAUAAUGCAUCUGAAUUAGCAUUAGAUAUAUUGAGUACAAUUCAAAAGGACAGAAUUAUGAGUAUAAGAAGUCUCAAAAUAUUGGCAUAUAUGAAUCUGCAAAGAUAUUUACAAAUAAUUCCUAUUUUGAAACAAGUAGUAGAAAAUUCUAAUGUAGUUCAACAGAAAUAUUUUAUUUUUGCAGAUGUGAUAUAUGAAUUGGAAGAAAAAUUGAAAACAGAAGAAAUAGAAGAAUCCAAUCAAUUACUUGAUUUAAUAAAUCAAGCUAAAAAACUAGAACUUAUUCAAACAACAAUAACUUUGGAAGAAUUUUUACUAAGACCUAUGAUGCUUACAAAGAGAUUAACCAGAUUAAACACUGAAGGAAGAAAAUUAUACAAAAAUCGUUUUAAUCAAGAACGACGACAGUUUACAAAAAAUGAAUUACAAAAUUACUUAUAAUUUUUUUUUACAAUUUUCUCAUUAAAAAAUAAGAAUGACUUUAUUAAAUAAUACUUUCCAUUUUGCAAUGAAAUUGUAUUAUUAUCUAUAAUGAACAAAUAUGUUAUAUAUGUAGUAAUUAUAUGGGAAGUUAUUAUGAAUAUAUAAUUAUGAAAUAAAAUAAAUUUUAAAAAUCAUAAAAAA